CCCCCAUGGCAGCCAAUAUGCUCAGGACCUGCUGCAGACAGUGUACAUGGCUCUUACCUAGCAGACCAUGGCCAUUUCCAUCCCAAAAGCAUUCAGAACGGUUUGUAGAAACUCCGAGCCAAUUCUCCUGGAAGGAGAGCUACUACCGAUCAGCAAUGUCCCAGAACUCGCAGCCCAGGGAAUUCCUCAGUCCAGAGGUGCUCCAGCAUAUCUGGGACUUCUUGGAACAGCCAAUAUGCUCGGUUCAGCCUAUCGAUUUGAACUUCAUCGAUGGCCCAUCUGAAAACGGCCCUACAAACAAAAUAGAAAUCAGCAUGGACUGCGUCCGGGUGCAGGACACGGAGCUGAAUGACCCAAUGUGGCCACAGUACACGAACCUGGGGCUCCUGAACAGCAUGGACCAGCAGAUCCAGAAUGGUUCUUCCUCCACCAGCCCCUACAACACGGAGCACGCGCAGAACAGUGUCACAGCCCCCUCGCCUUACGCGCAGCCCAGCUCGACUUUUGAUGCCCUCUCGCCCUCCCCAGCCAUCCCUUCCAACACAGACUACCCAGGACCUCACAGCUUUGAUGUAUCAUUUCAACAGUCCAGCACAGCAAAGUCAGCAACGUGGACGUAUUCCACCGAAUUGAAAAAGUUGUACUGCCAGAUCGCCAAGACGUGUCCCAUCCAGAUCAAAGUGAUGACCCCGCCGCCUCAGGGAGCCGUCAUCAGGGCUAUGCCAGUCUACAAGAAAGCUGAACAUGUCACUGAAGUGGUCAAACGCUGCCCAAACCACGAGCUGAGCCGCGAGUUCAACGAGGGGCAGAUAGCACCUCCCAGCCACCUGAUCAGGGUAGAAGGGAACAGCCAUGCUCAGUACGUUGAAGACCCCAUCACUGGGAGGCAGAGUGUGCUGGUCCCCUAUGAGCCGCCUCAGGUUGGUACUGAGUUCACAACAGUCUUGUACAACUUCAUGUGUAACAGUAGCUGCGUGGGAGGGAUGAACCGUCGCCCAAUCCUCAUCAUUGUGACCCUGGAAACUAGAGAUGGGCAAGUCUUGGGCCGCCGAUGUUUUGAAGCCCGCAUUUGUGCUUGCCCAGGCAGAGAUCGCAAAGCAGAUGAGGACAGCAUCCGCAAGCAGCAAGUCUCCGACAGCACAAAGAAUGGUGAUGGUACGAAGCGCCCUUUUCGACAAGGAACUCACGGCAUACAGAUGACGUCCAUCAAAAAAAGACGUUCCCCAGAUGAUGAGCUCUUAUACUUGCCGGUGAGGGGACGGGAGACAUAUGAAAUGCUGCUGAAGAUCAAAGAGUCCCUGGAACUAAUGCAGUACCUUCCCCAGCACACAAUUGAGACCUACCGGCAGCAGCAACAGCAGCAGCACCAGCACUUGCUCCAGAAGCAUCUCCUUUCGGCCUGCUUCAGGAGUGAACUCACGGACUCAAGGAGAGACUCUCCCAAACAGACCGAUGCCAUCCUAAAACAUUCCAGCCCCCCAAACCCAUCAAUAUAUCCAUAAACUGAGCUGCUGGGAUCCCUUUGCCCAGCUGGCAGGACUAGGAACAGUGGGGCAAAUACACAGCCUGAUAGCAACAGAGUGGAUAGUGAGAGUAAUCUCCUGAAGGGACUCAAACUUUGCAGAAACAACAGGAACUUCUACAGACCUCUUAGCUGUAGUCCGUAGCAUCUGGAGGUCAGGAACCACAAUGUUGUCUGUCUUGGUGUAACUUUUUCUUCCUGUUUUUGUAACCUGUUGAUACUCUUUCCUGUUACUUCUGUAUUUGUGAAACUCGGUAGGGUUUCUCUGAGCAGGUCUCAAUUUUAAAAUGCCUCUUGUCUUGUUUAAAUUAAAAUAGUGUUCAUGGGCUGGGGCGGGGGGGAUAGAAAGAGGGUUGGGUGUGUUUAAACAGUCUGUGAUAGUCAAUUUGCCCUGUAUUAAUGCUGGUCAUGCAGUAAUAGCACAAAUAGCUGAAGUAUUUGCACUGCUGGACAGAGGGAGGCAAUAACUAUAUAAAUUGGCACUGGUAAGAAAUAAUGUGUUUUUUUCCGUGUAGAAAUGCCUACUGAUCUGGCAUAAUGAGUUGUUUUUCCUUGUUUCAAAUCACAAAGGGUCUGGUCUAAAAAUACAUAAAAAUAGUAGGGAAUACUGGGUGACUUUGACUUUGCACCAGCACUGUUGGCCUCUGCAACCAGUGGCCUUUGCUUUUGCUUAUUGUGUCUGUAAAGUAUAUCCUGGCUUAGCAGCUCGUGCAUAGGAGGCCAUUUCUCAGCAAGGACUUGUAAAUCUUCACGCUGCUUGUAUCAAACUCUACCUCUGAAAGCUGUUUGUAUGGGACUUGACAAGGUGGAUUUGAAUCAUUCAGAAACAUCAUCUCAAAGUGUUAAGCCCAGACCAGCACAAAGGAGGAACAAUCAACAGGCAAGUCACACACCAUGAAAUUCCUGGUAUUGCAGAUCCUGUGGCACUAGAUGCGAUGAGGGAGGAGCUGGUUGAGGCUGGAUGUGAUGGCUGCUGUGCCUAUCCCCACCAAGAGGUGCUCAAACAUCCUUACAUGAAAAACAGCCCCUAAUUCUGGUAGAGAAGUAUUCUUCAACUCGCACUCUCAGGCAGUGGCAUCUCUCCCGAGGAACCCUCCGAUGUGAAACAGCUACUGACGGUACACCAGGAAUGGUGUUCCCUGUGGCUGGUGUCUGCCCAGAUCAGCAGCGGUUGAGCAGCAGAGCUGGAUCACUAAACACCAGUUUUAGUGGCCCCUGGGAAAUUAAGCCUGGAGCUGGAUCAGUGCUGUUGGGGACCUCUGUGCCUGCAGCAUAGUCCAUGCUGGAUUUAGUUGCAGUGGGUGCACACCUGGUUCUGACACACUUGUGGUUAGGCACAGCCUGAAGAGAAGGUGCCUCCCAAAUGCAGAGUGGGCCUCCUGGCCACCCACCAAGGAAAAAAGCCUAAUGCAGUGGGAGAAGACUUAUCUCUGAACGUCACGUCAUCCACUUCCAAGCAGCAGAGCUGUGGUCUGAGCAGGUGAUGACUCGUACUAACAUCUCCUUUGAGAGCCAUAUCCCAUCUCUGAAUAUCUCCUUUGUUGUCUUAGCAAGACUUGCUCUACCAUAGGAGUGUGGGUGAGGGCUGAUGGAGAAGAGUCCCCAAAAUUGUGAUUAAAUAUCAAUCAUAACUAACUAAACACAAGCAGUGACUAUUUCAUACAGUUGCAGUUCUGCCAUUGUUCCUUGUGUAAAGCUAGCCAAGUCAAGUGCCUUUUGUUUUGCCUGGAAACUCCAGGAAGUACUUCAAGAUUACAAAACAGAUAACUUUUGCUCUGUGCUAUUUAAUCUGGGAGAAGAAAGGCAAUACUAUUCCUUUCCCUGUGAGAGGUAGGAAUCUGAACUGUAAAUGCAGCCCAGACAUAGGAUUAUGCUUGGCACUAUCAAUCCUUCCAAUGAAGGUUUACUCCUGGAUGUUGGUUGUGUCUGCUUGAGGAUGGCAAUACAGAAAUACUGUGACAGGGACAUGCUAAUCUGUAUCUAGAGUGCUGCUUCAGGGCUUAUCGACCAGCAAAUUUAAGGAGGCAGACCACCAGAAGAUACAAGGCAUCCCCAGCCCAUGUGAGCAGAUUCCAGCUCAUGCUCCAGUUAUCAUCUAGUCUGACCUCUAGGAAAUCUCUUGUACCAUGGAAGGCAAUACAGCACCUUGGACUUUCACCAAACAAGAAUGUAAAUUAUUUGGAACUCACUUUCCCCUGGAAAGGCUUUCUGAUUUGUCCUCCUUACCUAUAAGAGGAUGACAAUUAUGAAACUGGUCUUAAUGAUGACUUGAUUUGCUCUCUAGCUACAAGGUGUUUAUCUUACAAGGUGCUUUUUUGUUUGUUUGUUUUUAAUCAAAUAACCUGGAGCUAGAAGCAAGUGGAGUUGCUUAGUAGUCUGUCCUCUACAGAUAAAAGAAGAAAGCUUUUUUCCAGCUGUCUUUUGUUUGCUUCUUUGACAUCUCUAAGACUUCAGAAAAGUAAGCCUUUUCCUUUUGAGGAAUAACCAAGUGGACUAAUUGGGCCUUAUCAGUCAGUCAGGUCAUAUUAGUCUAUGUCAACUAAUUGAUUUCCUGUAGCUGCAUUUUCUGGAGAGCAGAUUGCAUCCACUACCUGCCUUGGGAAAUUCCCAUACCCGAAAUCUAAGGGGAGUCAUUAUCACCACCCUUGUCGCUGUGCUGUAGUUGCUGUCUGCCCAGUGACCAUCAGGGCUCUUCCUUUCCAUGCUUCCAGUUAGCUACCAAACCUACAAACCACUUGUAUAGUUGAAAAGAUGCACUAUUGCUUGCUUUAGAAUAGCAGCUAUUUGAGAUGUGGACAGCAAAAGUGCCUCUCUGCUCUUUCGUGUCUUGCUUCAUGUUCCUUCAAAGUGGAUGAGUGCAACUGAGCAUCAUCUGUGUCACUUGUGAGCCAUCACUAGACUACAGCAGUGACAUCCCAGUGUUAUGCAGCACAGUGGGCAACCUUACUUGAAAAAACAUUGCCAACGGGCAUCAUGACCAUGUGUGAACUUAGGAUGUUGCACUUGCUGCACUUGCUUCGGCUACUGAAAGGCAGGCAAGGCAAGCACAGAACCAGGCAGCUUUGAUUCCACUUGGGUCUCUCUGCGUUGUGACUAGCUCCAGCUCUUCAGGGAUAGCAAACUAUCAGCACAAGGGCUCAGGUGAAAUCUUAAACUCUGAGCCUGAGCUGCCCUCUUCUUGCACUUAAUGCUUUUUCAUAUCAUUUACAUUAAGGGUGCUUACAUGACAGUGUGAUCAUUCAAUGUGAAUGAAGACUCUAGGACUGGCCUACUGAAUCAGGUAAUUGGUCUAUCCAAGCAGUUUCCUACCUCUGGUGACAGGCUGAUAACCAGUGAGCUGGGAAAGCACAUAAUUAUACACGGUAACCUGUGAACUGAACUGUACUUCAUAUGUGGGAGAAGGAAGUUCCUUCCUGACCUCUUGAGAUGAUCAGUAUAUGCCUUGAAGCAUAAGAGGCGAUUGCCCUCAUAUGAGCUUGCAGAACUGUAAAUGUCAUUGGCUAAAUAAUUACAUAGCCUCUUGAAGAGAGAAGAAUCAGUUGCGGAAUGUGACUCAGUGCCUUUCAUAUCAGACUGUUCCAAGAAGUAUAAUAGACUCUUAAUUGAAGUCCUUAUACCUUGAUAUUAAAAUGCAUUUCAUUGGCAUUGAUAUCAAAGAAAUGUUAAUGCUCCUACUUCUAAUCUUUCUUGAGACAUAGUAAGUAUAAUUUUAAUGAAAAUCACUGUGCAUGACAUUCUUAUAAUGCCUGUUAAAAAAAAAAAAAAAGAGAGAAAAAAGCAAUAUAUUUUAAAUGAAUACUCAAACACCGUAUAGCCUGUGUGUUUAAUACCAAAACCAUUUUAUUGUGUUUCUGAGGCUGUUGCUAUAUUGAUGUGUGACAUUAAUUUUCAAUAAAAUUUUGCAUCUUGGUUGA